GGAGGAGAGCGUGUUCCUGAGAAGGAAGAGGCGCCGCCAGCGCGCAGGCCCAGAACCACCCGGGCCGGGGCUGCGGGCCGACGCCUCUGAGCGGAAGAGGGAAGUGAAGGCGGCAGUCUGCGGGUGCCAGCCGGGUUGGGCUUGCUAAGGUAGAGGCAGCACCGAGGGGAGGCCUUGGCCGCCGGUCCGGAUCGAGGAUGUCGAAGAACACGGUGUCGUCGGCCCGGUUCCGGAAGGUAGACGUGGAUGAGUACGACGAGAACAAGUUCGUGGACGAGGAAGACGGGGGCGACGGGCAGGCCGGGCCCGACGAGGGCGAGGUGGACUCCUGCCUGCGGCAAGGAAACAUGACAGCUGCCCUACAGGCAGCUCUGAAAAACCCCCCUAUCAAUACCAAGAGUCAGGCGGUGAAGGAUCGAGCAGGCAGCAUUGUCUUGAAGGUGCUCAUCUCUUUUAAAGCUAACGAUAUUGAAAAAGCAGUUCAAUCCCUGGACAAGAACGGUGUGGAUCUCCUAAUGAAGUAUAUUUAUAAAGGCUUUGAGAGCCCCUCUGACAAUAGCAGUGCCAUGUUACUACAGUGGCACGAAAAGGCACUUGCUGCUGGAGGAGUGGGGUCCAUUGUUCGAGUCUUGACUGCAAGGAAAACCGUGUAGUCCAGCGGGAACUGGAUCUCUCCCAUGGGGUGGGAGUUGCUGGUACAAAGACCAAAACAACCAAAUGCCACUGCUGCCCUUUGGCAGCAUCAGUUUCUCUCAGCUUUGCCUUCUUGCUUACUUUUCAUAUCUGUAAAGAAGAAGAUUACAUAUCAGUUUUCCUUUCAAGAAAAUUGGGAUCAAAUGUUUCAAUAGGAGUGUUUCAUGCUCUCAGAAUGAUUUCAGUGAUGUGUAUACCAGUCUGUAUAUAGCAUCAUUUACAUUCAAGUUUAAUUGUGCAAUUUUUAACCCCUAUUGGCUGAUGCAGGUUUUUUUUAUUUUUGUUUGUUUUGCGAGAGGGGGUUUUUUGGUUUUGGUUUUGACUAAUAAUGAGAAAUUUGAUCAACAUUUGAGACUGGUUUCCUAACUCAUUGCUAGCCAGGAAAUGAUCUUUAUUAAAAAAUGUUUGAGAAACUGGCAGCUAUUAGCAUUGCAAAACUGGACCAAACUUCCCUUAUUUAAAUAAAAUGUGUUUCUGGAACAAGUGGCAGCUGAACCCGACCAAGUUCCAGCUCUUGUUUCUGCUUGCCUCCAGAUUAUGUGAGUUUAAGGACACUUCUUCCUCUCAGCAUCGAAUAAUCGUGGCCUCUUGAUUUCUUUGUGGUCACCCAGGGUAUAGAGCAAGGAAUCUUGCUCUCCGCAGACGUGUCUGUAAAAUGCCAGAGCCUUUUGACAUGAGCAUAAUACUUUUUGUUCUAAUAGUAUGGCCCUAUUCGGGGAAACUCCAAUUCAGAAAGGUUGUAGAAACUAUGAAGUAGUUCAAACCUGGGCAGCCAAUUCUUUAGAAUUAUAGCGGCUGCCUUCAACGUUCCGAGGUAUAAAAUAGUAUUUAAUAUGUCCUAUAAAUGUCUUCAGUGUUCUUCAGGGUAAUUGGGAUCACAAAAGGUUUGGUUCGGAUCCAAACAGAUGCACAUUCUGUAUUUUAGCUCAGUGUUUUUUUAAAAAAAGAAAACGCCACACAUGAAAAAAGUGUUUACUUUGUUGGACAAACCAAAUCCAUUCUCAAAAAAAUGACCGGUGCUUAUGAGAAGUUAUUAUUCAAUAGCUCUAAAACAAGCCACCUGAAUGCUUAUGACCAAGAGGGAAGUCAGACUGUAUUUAGUAUUUACAUUAGACACCAGUGUCAUAAUCACUUGAGUUGUGUGAAAACUGGUGCAGAAAUUCUGUAAACUCUUUGCUGUUUUUGAUACCUGCUUUUUUGUUCUGUUUUGUAACAAUGACAAAGUUCAGACAAUAAAAUGUCCGUGUUGAAUAAUUUA